UCCCCUCGGCGGUAGUUAGUAGUGUAAAUUAAAUACAGUUGUAAUUGAGUGAGUUUAUAUUUAGGCCUGGGCCUACUAUGUGACUCAUCAUUGGCCGUUCCAAUGUUUUUAACAAGCAACUAUGACGUCACAUUAAAAUUACCGAAUAUUGGCUUAACCACAGUUAAGGGUGCCCAUAGCAAACAGAAGGCAAAACAUACCCCAGUUAGUUCAGAUAACGUUGUCAGCGGCAAACAAUGCCACAAUUCUAGAAAAGAUACUAGCAAGAAAGUAAAGAAAUGUAAACAAUAAUUAAUAUCAAUUACUUAAUUAUUGAUAUCGCAUAAUCUACAUAAACUGUUUCUAUAUCUGUAUAAUAGUAAUAAUAAUAAUAAUAAUAAAUAAUAAUGAUAAUAAUAAUAAUAGUAAUAAUAAUAAUAAUAAUAUUAAUAAUAAUAAUAUUGUAGUAAUAAAAGCAUGAUCAGAAUUUGAUAACUUAUUUAAUCCUUUUCAAAGAGCAAUUCAGUUAAUGCUUGAGGGCUUUUAAACGUGAAUACAAAAAGUAGGUCAUAUAACAGUUAACAAAAAUAACAGAUAAGCUAUGUCACUUUUUAUAUGAAAUAUAAUAGGAAUUAUAUGAGUUUACUAUCACACCGUACCAUAUUCCAAUACAUAGACUAGGCCUGAAGUGUCGCAGUUUCUGACCAAGUCAAUUUACCAAUAGCCUAGGCAAAUAAAUCCCCAUAUCAGCUGACUAGUACAUAACAGGUAGAUAAUCUUUCCAAAACUUGUUCCAUAUUUCUUUAUACUGACGUUGGUAUAUUUUCAGGUCUUGAUAACUAACUUUUGCUGGCUCUAUUGAACUGAAAAAAACUUUUGACUAGGUGUAGCCUAAGCUGCAAUAUAGUUACUUUACAUCUAAAUGACCUGGCAUUUGACUGCCACCGAAAUCUCGUGUCUAAUAAAAUGACAUAUUUAAAGUUAGUCUCAUACACCUUUUACACUGCCAAGGGCAGAAUAAACCCGUGUUAAUUCCGGAGUGAUCACGAAUGAAUUUCCCAUUUACAUCGAACGAAAUGUCCUGGCUGCUCUCGAGUUCCCCCCAUUUUACACACCGGCAAUUAAUGUUUAAAUAUGAAAAGAAUAGGCUUAGUUGAAGAAAUGGAUUCAGGCCUACUUUUGUGUAAUUCCGUCGUUAAAUUAAGUAGUAACGAACGUUCUCUUUAAAAAAGAAAACAUUUAUUGACAUAGGUGAAACAUGUUGAAUUGCUAAUUGUCAGUUCGUCAUUCUUCAAUAAUGUCGGUACUUGUGUGAACGUGUGAACAUAUUCAAAAUGAUGUACAAACGUGUUGUUUCAGUUAUUAAAGAAUAUCAAAUGCAAACUUAUUUGUCCACUCACCGCAUAAUAGAGUACGAAAAAUUUCUCUAUAAAAAGAGAGUAGGGCCUACUGUGCUUGAGGAAAGCAGGGUUUGUUGUUAAAUACAGGUUCUAGUCUUACGCCUACAUAAAAAUGGUGUAAGCUAUCUUCAUAACCAUAACUCAAAUGUGUGUAGAUAUUAAUAUCUAUUUAUAGUAAUAUUAAUAUCAGAUAAUUCUGUUUUCAAUACACAACACUGUUGUACCGUCACCACUUAGUCGAUCGUCAUCCACGGUCAAUAGCAAUAUGCCUGUUAAUUUUAUAAAAAAAAUAAAGUACUGUACUGCAAAGGCAUAGGAAAUUUAAUAUAAUGUAUGAUUACAUUAAUAUUAAGCAAAGUUACUGAAUUUUUAGUUCAGCAAGUUGAUCGGCAGCCCAAGAAAUGAGAAAGAAGUGAAAAAAAUGGGGGUGGGGCCGGGGGAGAGCAAUUGAGGAAGCUGGUGAAUAUGGUAUAGUUAAAUAAAACAAAAUUGAAAUAUGGUAACGGUAUUGCUGCACUGACGGUUGACAAGCAAUACCACGAUCUAUGAACACCAGCUUCAGUUGGGAACUGAAAUCUAGUUGAGAGAGAAGCGUUACAGAGAUGUUAUGUGGCAAGUCGAUAUUCAGAGACAUGUGUUCGUGUUGGAUUUUCUGUAAUAAACAGAGAAUCCCCGUAAGUAUCUAUCUGCUUAGCAAUGAAUGCAGAAGGAAGAAAGCUCAGUUAAACAUUGAACAAUAUCAUAUAAUUUUGAUAACAACAACGAAAAUUUUAUUUAAUAAAAUAUACUUUCAUAUUGUAUAGUCAAGUUUUUAAAAUGAAAGUGUUUGCUGUUGUCAUUUGCUAUGAAUACAUUUCGGCUGGAAGCAAUAAUAAACGACAUUGCAUUGCAUCAGAACCUAAGCUGUUGAUAGAAAUGCGGUAAUAGAGUAUUGUUUUACGCAAUGAUUGUUUAAUACAACUUGCUGGCACUUCCAAUGUAGCUAUGAUUGUUUUAUUGUUUUAUGUCUAUGGGCUAAUGACUAACAGCUUGAUGGUGACACGUCCAAACUGAUCAAGGUUUUUGCGCUUAUUAUUUUUAUUUCUGGUAGGCUCUAAUGACUUACAACUUGCUGGCAAUUCCAAUCUAGCUGCGAUAAAUUUAUUUAUUUAUUUAUUUGUAUUUCCAGUAGGCGCCGUGACAGACAACUUGCUGACUGCCACUUGAAAACUAACAAAUAUGAGUUUACGCCAGUGCUGGCUAGGCUAGAGAGAAAUAAAUCAAAAAUCAAUAUAGUAUUUAGUAGUUCAUUAAAUUAUAAAUUACAAUAAAUGAAUUCAAAUAAUAUAGCAACUUCACUUCAUUUUUUAUAGUGUUUUUGAAGUAACCAUACGACGAUGAACAACGUCCUUUAUGGAGUUGUAUUUUUACAGCACUGAAAACAUAAAAACUUGAAAUUUAAUAGAGAUAUUUUAAUCGAGUGUCAGUACAGUUUCCUUCUGAAAGGACAUGAAAACACAGAACUAUAAACAUUAAAGGACAUCUCUACAACACGGUAAGGCAAAGCAAACUAAUUAUUGAUACCAGUCACAGUGCCCCGUUUCCUUAUCGACCUUCUAAAUUAGAUUAUCUGUCCUAGGUUAGUUCUUGGACACUUAUUUUUAAUCCACUCUAUAUUUUUUUAAGCAAUUCAACCUUCAAUUUUAUUACUUUUUUUAGCUUAUUUUACAAUGACAAAACACAAAAUAUAUUUUAUUCAAGUGUUUAUCUAUCAAAUUUUUUCAUUGAUCAUUGUUUAUUUUUAUGAACAAGUUGACUUUAAAAUACGCAUGAGUUUUGAUCACCAUUUCCGCCAAUGCAUAUUUUGAGAAUGUUUUGCCCCUGCACAAAAUUUUUGGUCCGCCCUUGGUCAUUGUUAGGACAUGAUCAAAAUUAUGGUGUGUAAAAUAUUUAUUACUAAUAAACUCUUAAGGUAACAGUAUACCGAUCUGGCAGAAAAGUGAAUAUGAAAUUGUUUAACCCUCAAAAUCAAGGCAUUUAAAGCAUGAGAGCCAGGGCCUCCCUGUAGUACUGUAUUAAACACAGAUUUGGUCUGUGAUGAACUUACGAAGUAUUGUGUUGCUUGUUUAAAUUAUUUGAUCCAUAUUAUAUACGAUGUGAUGAAAACUUCGAUUACAGUCCAAUCGUUCUACCAACUACACCAUUAAGAUAUUUUCUUCAGACCAUCCGUCCGAAGGACGGGUACACAGCUAGUAUCCUAUAGGUCAAAGUAAUAAAAAUAGGCUAAGUCUUCAAAAGCCAAUUCAACAUCGGUAAACAACUUAUCAAUGACAAAUAGGCGUAAGCCGUCGUACGGUACGUGGUUCAAUGCAUCACAUCAUAAAAUGUGUAUAAGUAAAAUUAUUAUUCAUAUCGGUUAAACUAUUAUUACCAAUUAACCUUAUCUUCAUUCACUAUUCUAGCUUCUCGAAUAAAGUCCAAAGAAGAUUUAAACUGUCAGUCAACGGUUCGAAUGAAACAACACCGCAACUAAAAUAUUUAAUCUUAUUUAUUAUUGACAUAUCUCGUCUUUCCAUUCUCGUACCAUGGUAGGUUUCCCCCAUUUAUCAUAGGGGGAUUCAAGGGGGCUCAGUCUGAUACCGUCAAUAACAGCUACACCUUUAAACUUUUACACUUUAAGUUCAAGAUAUGUUGAUACAAAUAAAAUUGUAAUCAAUUAAUGAUUAGUACGCAUGUGCGUACAUUUUGAAGUGAAUGAAGGCGUAAAGUCCAUUUCCCAUGGUCACUGUUCUGAGCCAUACUCAUUAUAAUGCACGUACCUCUAAAAAUCACACUGGAGCUAGGUGUAUAUUAACAGUAGCACAUCGUUUUUCUUUUUCUUUUUUUUCCAAAAAGAAUAACAAUGGCAGGCAAAGUUGUAUUUUGGUCGUUUUUUGUUGCAUGUUUUGUUCUACCGUGUAUAGUUGGCACUUCAGAGGUUGUUUUAUUACAUCCUCAAGCACAGAAAGCAUUUCAAGCUUUUAAACAAAUUGAAAAAGGAGCGAAUUCUACAGUCCCAGUAGAUUUAUUGAAGAAGAUCUUAAAAAAGAUACUUGCUCCAGAUUACAUCAAGGUAAUCAAAGAAGCUCCUGGAGUAUCGGAGGAAUGUCGUUCUGAUUUCAUAACCUAUAUUUACGAUAAAAAGAAUAACUUGGAUUAUGCUAAUAGAAUGUAUUAUUCUAAUGGCGAUCAUAACAUUAUCAAAUCAUUGUACAGAUUUAACUUUGUGAGCUUGGGAAACUACGAGCUAUGUACCAGUGUCAAGGAAAAAGCACCCUACUCACCAUUUGAGACUAAACAAUGCGCUCUCGCGUAUCGUGGAUUUUUUCUUCCUAUAAAAAGUGCAAUUUGCGUUCCAGUGUCAUGUAGUACAACUGACCUUUGGCUGAUUACAGAAGCUGUGAUAAAAGAAAACCCUAUACCGGACUUUGGGUUGAAGUAUUCUCUUUAUUACGAGUGCAUUGAUGUCGUUCCGUGGUCAGCUGGCGCAAUCGUAACAAUGUGCAUCUUGUCUAUACUUGCUGCUUUUGUGAUUGCGGGAACUGUUUACGAGGCAAUGAGUAUCUAUUUAGAAAGACACAAAACUAUACAACCGAUCAAAUUAAAGCGUAUUGUUGAACCCGUCACAAACAAUGCUUACUCGAAUGAGACAGUUAUGUCCAAGACUAAUGAAGCAAUGGAGUUGAAAAAAGACGAAACCAGUGAAACCUCUUCUGGUAUUGAUACUGGCUCAGCAUCUUCAGUGGAAGUGAACUCGAACUACGGCACAGCAGACAUAGAAAAUGUUCAGAGUACUGAUGUAAAGGUUCAGAAUUCUUCUUGCACAGCGUUUAUUGAGAAAUUGCUGAUAUGCUUCUCUGCUACAACAAAUGGAUCCAAAGUUCUGAACGCUGGUAGUGCAGGAGGACAGCUAGCCUGCAUUAAUGGGAUUCGUGUACUGAGCAUGUGGUGGGUUAUUUUGGGCCAUACUGUAUUUUUUUGCUUGCUGUCUUUAGGUAAGUCAUAACCAAAUUCCAAAACAUAAAAACCGACAAGUUCAGUAUGUUGAAAUUGUAAGAAAAAAUAUAUACAACGAGUAUAGUUAUUUUAAAGAAAGAAGGAAACUUGAUUGUGGAGCAAUCUGAACAUGAAGACUGUACAAACUUUAAUGGGCUUGUAAGAAGUAGUAGUAGGUGUGAGGUAACGUCAAUAUAUUGAAAGGAAACUCCUAACUAAAUGUUUGUUCUAUGUUUUCCAACUACCAAAAUGAUUCACAUUUUCUUGACAGCCCUUUUUUAUAUGAUAAAAUAAAAUAGAUAAUUUAUGACUUGUAUACUUUAACGUCUAUUCUCCAUUAUGUGAUUUUUGUUAUCACGCUAGUUUCUUUUAGUUCAGUACAGGGGUGGCGCCAGGAUUUGCCCAACAGGGUGGGGGAGGGUGAGGUCCUCGACGGGGGGAUGCCUCCGACGAGAGGUUAGAUUUUCCCGGCAAGAGCAAAGUGGGCGUGGUCGAGCGUCAUUUGAAAGGUUUCGAACGUGCUCCAAGGGGCGAGGCCGCGAAAGUUUUGACAAUUUAGGGAUUUCAAAGGCUUAUUUAAUCGAUUUUAGGGUCUACUAAUAAUUAUGUAGAAAGUAAAUGUAAUUAUUUUUCCCCACUACGAAUUGCAAUUCCUCUGCCCGACGUCGGGGCGGGGGGAAGCUCUCCUAGACGGGGUCCUGGUCCCCGGCUUCCCCCCCCCCCCCUGGCGCCACCCCUGGUUCAGUAUGUCUUUACAAGUUCUUCCGUAUUUCUUGGUAGGAUAUUGCUAGGCUCAGUAUGUGAUACUAGUGCACCUUUAAGCACUAACUGGGUCACGCGCCAUGGGC